UGAGAGCUGUUUGCCCCACCCCACCUCUUCAACGCUAUCUAUCUCAAUGUACAAUUCUCAGAGAAAAAAGGGGAAAAAAUAAUUCAGAGAAAUACAACAGAGAAACGAUUCUUGUCCCCCCGGUUGGUUCACCAAAGCGGAGCUGGCAUUUCCGUGGUGAAAUAACUGUCUCGUCGUUGGAUUAGUGAUUGAAAACACCGCGGUAUGUUCAUGUAUCAUAUAUAUGCACAUGUAACCAUAAUCUACCAUACGGAUUCAAAGGGAAUACAAAAAGCUGAGAGACUUGACAGCGGGCUGUACCUGCGCCAAACAGGAAAAUAACGGAGGAUUUCCAGCAUAUAACCUGGAUAUUGUAUUAUAUUCAAGGACAUCUAACAGAAAAACCUUUGUUCGUCCGGAGGAGCUUUCCGAUGUGAGGAGAAAUACAAAUUACAGAAAGAAAAAGGACGGAGAAGGGGCCUUUUUGGGUCUGGUCAAACCCUCCAAAAAGCAGCACCAGCAUCUGUUGACGAGGAGAGGAAACAAAUUGACAUCAGCCAAAACAGGAUAUUAUUGAUAAGGCUGCAACAAAAUCGGUGUAUAAUGUGACGGAUUUGAGAGACGGUUGGGAGAAAGAAAGAAGCUCCGGUGUAGCCUGAUGAUUCACAUGCCGUCAUUUUAAGAGGAAAUAUUUAUUUUUUAAUUUUUUUUCUUCACCCACUCUCUGAUGUGCUUUGGCUAUAGGUGGAGAACGGAUUGUAAGCAAAAAUAAUAAGAAAAAAGAGAAGAGAGGAAGGGGGAGAAAAAAUAAGGGCUUUGGGUUGUAAAUGGAAAUGAAUUGAAUGGCAGUGUUGAGAAAUCUGCCGAAGAUGGGCUCCAGAGGAGACAUUUGCUGAAAAAAAUAUCCUGUGUUGUAAUUUUAAAAGACAUCGUGGGAAUCCCGACCGUCGAAAUCCAUUCAUGUACAUUGGAGUGCUGAAAAUUUCACAUUCAUAUCAAUGUUGAUGACUUCAUUGCGGAUUUACAGUGAAAAACACAGGAACCAAGCCUCUGAGAGGGCGGCAUCAUUGCUCUGCUCCCUCUGACUGAUCUCUGUUGAUAAAUUAGCAUUAAUAUAUACACAUAUUUAUCCAUACAUAUUGUGUCCAGUCCGGUGGAGCCCAAUUUGCACCAUCUACAAGUUUCAUUUUGCUUCAUUUGAAUCUGGCAACAUAAAUGUCACCCAUUUUGAGCCAGGUGUUCCUCUCUUGGGCCAAUCUAGGAAUUUAGGAUUUAUUUAUUUAUUCUAACAAACACCCUCCCUCCCUCUCUCCCUGCCUCCCCUGAACCUUUAUUGGGUUUUUGGGAAGAUGGGCUGUCUGGGCAAUAGUAAGACCGAAGACCAACGUAAUGAGGAGAAGGCACAGAGAGAAGCAAACAAAAAGAUAGAGAAACAGCUUCAAAAAGACAAACAGAUAUAUCGAGCAACUCACCGGCUACUACUAUUAGGAGCCGGUGAGUCUGGGAAAAGUACGAUAGUCAAACAGAUGCGAAUAUUGCACGUUAAUGGCUUCAAUGCAGAGGAGAAAAAACAGAAAAUUCAUGAUAUUAAAAACAACAUUAAAGAAGCUAUAGAGACGAUUGUGACUGCCAUGAGUACACUCACACCGCCGUGCCAGUUAGCCUGUCCAGCAAACCAAUCCCGAAUUGAUUAUGUUCUGAACCAAGUAAACCAGAAGGAUUUUGAAUUUCCUUCGGAGUUCUAUGAACAUGCAAAGAUCCUCUGGCAGGACGAGGGAGUCCGGGCCUGCUGGGAAAGGUCCAAUGAAUAUCAGCUCAUCGACUGCGCACAGUACUUCUUAGACAAGAUUGAUGUGGUGAAGCAGAAUGACUACACACCCACUGAUCAGGACCUGUUGAGGUGCCGAGUAUUGACAUCUGGGAUCUUUGAGACGAGAUUUCAGAUAGACAAAGUCAAUUUCCAUAUGUUUGAUGUUGGAGGCCAGAGGGAUGAGCGUCGGAAAUGGAUCCAGUGUUUUAACGAUGUGACAGCUAUCAUCUUUGUGGUGGCAAGUAGCAGCUACAAUAUGGUGAUCAGAGAAGACAAUCAGACCAACAGGCUGCAGGAAGCCCUCAACCUCUUCAAGAACAUCUGGAACAACAGGUGGCUACGGACCAUUUCGGUAAUCCUCUUCCUGAACAAACAGGAUCUGCUUGCUGAGAAAGUUUUGGCAGGGAAAUCUAAAAUUGAGGAGUAUUUCCCUGAGUUUGCACGCUACACUACGCCUGAUGAUGCAAUACCAGAGCCAGGGGAAGAUCCUCGCGUCACAAGGGCAAAAUACUUUAUACGGGAUGAGUUUCUGAGGAUCAGCACAGCCAGCGGGGAUGGAAGGCACUACUGUUACCCCCACUUCACCUGCGCAGUCGACACGGAAAACAUCCGCCGUGUCUUCAACGACUGUCGAGACAUCAUCCAGAGGAUGCACCUACGGCAGUACGAGCUCUUGUGAUGGGCAGCGGCGUCCCGUCUACCCACCUAACCUGUCUACCUACCCUCCUACCUGUCUGCCCCACCAUGACCAGCUGGCCCAUCACCCCUCCCCCUUCCCUACCCAGCUUCACCAACCAACUGACCGAGCGCCUGGCCUCCUUCCCUUCCAUCCGCCCCCAUGACGAUCCCUUCUUCUCCAGGUAAACAACAGUUUCAGGAGAAGCCUAAAAACAGAACAGUGCAACUGAUGGAAAAGACUUUUACGAGAAGUAAACACAGUUAAGGAUACAGCGACAACAAUUUCAACAACUGUUAUCCAGGACAACUGCUGUACUCAGCUCCGCCUUGACCCAGGAAGAGGGUCGAGACUGGAAUCCCUUCCACAGUACAGGCUAUCCCUCCUUUUAGCUCUCUUUCUCUCUCUCAGAUACACAUAUAUUAACACACACACACACACGUGCAUCGACAGAAACUCAGAACUCCUAGAUAGGUUUCAGUGUCUCAUAUCAACAACAUACACACACACACACAUGCAUACACAAGCCCUUUUAAAACCAAGCCCACUGCUUUUACAGUUUGUGGAGGCAAAAUUAAAUCAAACAGUGCAUUUGCCAAGUUAACUGGCUAUUUUGCAAAUUCUCAGAGAGAGAGAAAUGUGUUUGCCAUGCGCUGAAGACAAACCCAGAGGAAGGAAGAGACCGAUGGAUGGACACAAUGAAAUGGAUCGAUGGAGGAAGGUGUAACCAAUACAGAGGAGGGUUGUGAGCCCUUUUUUUUUUUUUUUUUUUUUUGUGCGCCCGGGGACGGACUGACUGACUAACGGCUGCAUGUGGAAGUGAGCGUGACUUGAACAUAAGACCUGCUCACAUGACCUGCUCUUCAAGAAACCCAACGAGGAGGGAAGGCAAAAAAAAAAAAAAAAAACAAUUAAAAAAAGAAAAGAAAAAAAACAUACAAUGCAUAAAUUCAUGCAUACCAGUGAACUUCAUGCAGUGCAAAAAAUCCAAGCUAUAUAUAUAUAGAUAUUUAUAUAUGUGUGUAUAUAAAUAUGUAUAUAUAUAAAUAUAAAUAUUAUAUAUUCCUGUAAUAACACAAUUCAACUUUUAAGUUUUUGUUAGUUUUUCCCCAUGUUGUGUGUUGGUGUACACUAUGUGUGAUCUGCCUUUGUGCACCACUCAACUUUACCCCUUUACCCAGAUGCCACCCACCCCUCCACCCCCCACCACCCACCCCCCACCCCGCUGCUGUCACACAACCUGGACAUUGACUAUUGAGUACAUGGAAAAUAAAGGAGAGGCUUUAUUUAAUAAGGAUAAAAAAGCAAAAAGGAAAGAGGAAAAGCAUGAAGCAAAAGAUGUGACUAAAACCUUAUCAGGUCAGGAGUGGAUGCAACAUUCUGUCCUGGGAACAUGAACACACACACACACACACACACACACAGACAUACACACACUCUCUGGCCUUCAUCAGUCCCUUCCCUUUCCCACAUGCCCCUUCGUCUUGUUCUCUCACCUCUCCCAACGUCCCACUUCCUGGCUUUCAGUAUGUCUGUCUUUAUUUUACUGCUGGACUAUUAUUCUUGUACAGACUGUAAAAUGUAUUAUUUUGUACAACUUUAUUGAAGAAAAAAAAUAACUUGUAGAAGAUCCCUGUGCCUUGAUCACGACUGUACGUGUAAAAAAUGAGCUAAUAUGUAAGUUAUGUUUCACUGCGCUGUACAGCUAGACUGGUCUCUCCCGCCUCGCCUGUUCUAGCCCGCCCCUCGUCCAGGGGUGGGGAGGGGGGGCAUCGGAUCGGGGCCGAGGCCAACGUCUCUUGCUUAGUUUCCAUUUUCCCACAUUUGUUUGUCCGUUGAUUCAUUUUGUUUUGCUUUAACUCUCCUCUGGUUUAUAUAAUAGGAUUUGAAAAAGAAAAAAAAAGAAAAAAAGAUAAUCGGACACACCACCUUAAUGCUGUGUA